AUGACUACGGACCGCCUCGGGAUGAGUACAUUCAGCCAACUCAUGAAGGUUACUAUGCCCCCAGUCGCCAGGAUGGAGGAUCGCCUCAAGCCGCUGGUGCAUAUCGUUCGCCUAAUUCUGGGUCGCCACAAACCCGGCAAUCAUACUCCAGAGCUUCAGACGCCCCAGCUUAUGUACAAGACUCAGCAUUAA